UAUAAUUCGCAGAGUCUAAGUUUAUCAGAUUUCAGUUUCAGUUGUAUCAUACAUCCUUGAAAUUUUGCUUCUUUAAGUUUAAAGUCAGAUGCUUUCAAGUAGUUUUGAGCUCUUUGUUGUUGGGUUUUGAGUAAAAUGACUUUAAUUCUUGAAUAAUGCUUUGUUUCAACUAGGCUUCAUCAGUGUAUCAUCAAAUUCAUCAUUUCUCAUAUCUCAUAUACACACAUAUAAGAUAGGAGAGAUGAUGAACUUGUAGAGUAUAUUGAAGCUUAGCUUGAUUAGAGAUAACAUAUAUAGAUGACAGAUGUUAUUCGGUUGUCUGUAUAGUAAGGAUGCCCAGAGGAAUUUGGUUUCUAUUGUCCCACUCAUGUAGAAUUGAAAUUCCAAAUAUAAUUAUAACUGGUAUUGUUUAAACAAAUGAAAGGGAUUAAAGAAAUGAAAGCAAACAAACUGAGUGGUUACGUGUUUGACUAUUGAUUAGCAUUGCCAACGAGGAAGAGAUGCAUUCUACGAAUUGAUGUAGAGGUGUUCUUUAAGGUUCAGAUUAGAGCCCAGAGAAGCCUUGUGUACUUCCUUGUGAGAUGGUCUGUUGCAAACAAAGAUUUCAAAUAUGGUUGUCCCAAGUAAAUCAUAACUAAUUGUAUCUUGUCUGGCUAACAUGGAAGUAUGGAGAAGUUCACAGAAGAGUUGAGCUGAUUGGUGCUUUUGUUUUCUGAGCUGGUUGAUGGAUUUGGCUAAACUUUGGUUAUAAUCUUGUUUUCUUUGGUAUCUUGAGAAGUAGAUCUGGACAUGUUUUCUGAAGUGGAACUGGUUAGGGGUGUAGUUGUCCUUGCUGAAAAGCUAGACAAAGACAGUGCGGUUACUUCAAGAUCCGUUAUAACAACACAGCUUUUGGAGGACUUGUUAAGAGAGAAGGCCAGCAAGGAUCAUGGCUACUUCCUUAAAGUCACUGCCUUGAAGAUGAUAGGAAAAGGACAGAUUUCAGACGACUCAAGAAAGAUGUUGUUCCCUGUAGCUUUUAGCUGUCGCACGUUCAUACCGUGCCAGGGGGAGAUUUUGGAGGGAGUCGUUCGUCAUGUGCAUAACCUUGGGGUGAUCAUUAGAUGUGGACCUCUUAACUAUGCUUUUCUGUCAGCUCGAAAAAUGCCAAAUUACCACUAUGUCGAUGGGAUGAAUCCUUUCUUCUUGAGGGAUGACCUUGCAAAGAUAGACAAAGAAGUUGUGGUUCGGUUCAGGGUGCUUCAGGCUAAAUGGAUAGAGAAGAGUAGAGAGAUGAGGAAGGAGUUUGUGAUGGUUGUUAGUAUAGUUGGUGAUUCACUCGGCCCUGUUUGUGGUCCUCAUGAAUCAGAUUUGUAACUAUUCAAACCAAAUGAAGGCUUCUGUAAAUUUAAAUGUUAGGAAUAUGAAUUCAGUCUACCUUUAAUCAAGUGAUUAUGAGACGUGACAUCUAAA